GGUACCGCUCCUGGUGCGGAGCGUGCCCACCCGAGUUCGAUCCCAAUCUGGGACGGCUCGGGUGUCGCACCGGAGAUUUUCCCCACAGAGGUGCCGGUGUGCGUGAGUGUGUAUAGGUGUGUGGUGUGUGCCUGCGUAAGUUUCGGGUCCUCGGAUUUUCCCGCAGCUCAUCUACAUUGAGUUACAUAAUUUCCCAAUGCUCCUGGGUACUUUCAAAAAAAUAAAAGUAGUUAAAUCAUCCAUCCCCACAUAAUAUAAUCAAAUCCAUGAGGAGGGGUUGCUAUUGCACAAAAGCCGCGCCUCUUUGCAUCCAUGAUGUGGCAGAUUGCUAUUUUGCCCAGGCCCCACACAGCUCCUCUUCUCACUCGCUUCUCUAGCUCAACCUGUAUAAAUUCCCACACGCCCCUUCUCGUCGUAGAGAAGCUAAGCAGCAGCUAGCACAGCACCAAGCUAAGCUCUCCUAGAGCUUGAGCUAGUGGCUACGGCGAGGAAGCUAAGCUAAGCUAGACACUGUCGUUGAGAUCAGUCGAUCAGUUUAGAGCAAGCAAAGGUAGAGGGAUUAGUGAUGGGAGCGAUGGAUGGAGAGAAGAAGGCGGUGUUCAGAGUGAGGGAGUUCGACAUGGAGAGGGACCUGGCGGCCGCCGAGGAGCUCGAGCGCCGGUGCCAGGUCGGCCUGUGCGGCGACGCCGCCGACGGCAGCGGCGAAGGCAAGAGGAAGACGAAGAAAAGGAAGAAGAGGGGCAUGUCCCUCUCCGUCGAGCAGGUCGGCGACCCGCUGGCGAGGGUCCGCCACGCGCCGGAGCACGUCAUGCUGGUUGCCGAGUAUGGCGAGGAGGACGAGAUGGUCGGGAUCAUCAAGGCCUGCGUCAAGACGGUGACCAGAGGCGGCGCCGGCAAGAAGCUUCCUUCUUCCUCCUCCAGCCCGGAGAAGCAGCGGCAGCCACCGGCGUACGUGAAGGUGGCCUGCCUCCUCGGCCUCAGGGUCUCUCCUUCUCACAGGCGGCUGGGGAUCGCGACGGCGCUGGUGGAGCGCGCGGAGGAGUGGUGCCGCUCGCGCGGCGCGGCGCACGCGACGAUGGCGACGACGACCUCCAACGCGGCGUCGCUGGCGCUGUUCACGGGCCGGUUCGGGUACGCGCCGUUCCGGCGGCCGGAGUUCCUGGGCCGGCCCGUGCACGCGCACCGCCUGGACAUCCCGGGCGGGCACCGCGUGCUCCAGCUCACGCCGCCGCUGGCGGCAGCGGCCUACGCGCGCCUGCUCGCGCCGCGGGACACGGAGUUCCUCCCCGCCGACAUGCCGGCGCUCCUCUCCCACAAGCUCACGCUGGGCACCUUCGUCGCCAUCGAGAGCGACCCGGACCCGUCCCUCCCGCCGUCGUUCGCCGUGCUCAGCGUCUGGGACUCCACCCGCUCCAUGCGCCUCCGCGUGCGCGGCGCACCGGCGAUGCUCCGCGCGUCGCUCGCCGCGCUCCGGGCGCUCGACCGCGGCGCGCCGUGGAUGCGCGUCCCCUCCAUCCCGGACAUCUUCCGCCCCUUCGGCGCGUACCUCCUCUACGGCCUCCGCAUGUCCGGCCCGGCCGGCCCCGCCCUGCUCCGCUCCCUGUGCCACCACGCGCACAACGUCGCCCGCAAGAACCCGGCCUGCGCCGUCGUCGCCGCCGACGUCGCGCCCGACGACCCGGCCGCCGCCGCCGUCCCGCGCUGGCGCCGCUUCUCCUGCGACGAGGACGUCUGGUGCAUCAAGAACCUCAACAAGAACGACGACGACAGCAAUGCCGCCGCCGGCGCCGACGACGACUGGGCGGCGCCGGCGCCGCCUGGCACGGUGCUGUUCGUCGACCCCCGCGAGUUUUGACGUAGCCAUGUCGACGAGCCAUGCACGGCAGGUGCAGGCAGGGGGCUUAACUACCUCACCUCUGCCAAGUUUUGACAACUACACACGUGUACAUACGCUUGGUACCGCAAUGGCAAUGACCUGCCUUGCCAUUUGUGGUAUCAACCACCAGGCUAAAGUGAUGUCUGUAACGGUAGCAUUUGCUUCUGGAUUUAGAAUAGCGACGAGGUUUGGCGAGCUAGUUUCUAAUGAAUCACUGUCCAAGGAAGAAGAACCAGUUGACGU